AUGCUCUGGCCGAGAUCCGUGCUGGUAGAGGAAGAAACGCCCGAAACAGGGUUCAUACUGCUAGAGGCCGAUGUGGUCGAGCCAGGAUCCGGAGUGGAGGAAUUAUUUGUGCUAGGAGCUAUCGCUUUGCUCAAAUUAGGGUCUGCACUCAUCGAUGACUUACUCAUGCCAACACUCAUACUAGGAGUGGAGGGAGAAAAGGUGCCGGAAACUGAUGUUAUGUUUACUCCGGGACCUGCAUUCGCCAGGGUACUAGAUAAUAAUAAAGUACUCGGUGUAUCGCCCGUAGUAGAAGCGGUGCUUGAACUGAGACCUGUGCUCGAGCUUGAUGAGCUUAACCCAUUUUUUGUACUCGCGAAAGAGCCGGAAGAACUCGAUAUAAAAUUCAUGCUAGAAGCACUACUUGAUGCUAGACUUGCGCUGGAACUCGAUGGACCUGAUCCAGUAUUAGUACUUGCGAUAGUACUCGAAGGUGAUAGAGUAGUCGAUAUAGGAUAUGCGCCAGAAGUGCUGUUGAACGCGACAGUUGCGCUGGAAGCUGAUGUGCUUGAUCCAAUGUUUAGGCUCGAGGGGGCUACCGACGAGCUAAUACACCAAGGGUCAUCACGUUUGCAGAGGCUCGCCGAAGCACUGCUGGACGUCGAUCUAACGCUUGAUCCUAGAUCCGAAACUGAGGAGCUGGAAUUCGAAGAACCCGUGCCAGAAGAAGCACUCGAUGCAGGAACCGAACUAGAAGAAGUUAUGGAAAGUGCCGUGGAGCUAGAUCCUAGGUUCACAUUGGAAGUAGAGCUACUAACGCUUGAUCCUAGAUCCGAAACUGAGGAGCUGGAAUUCGAAGAACCCGUGCUAGAAGAAGCACUCGAUGCAGGAACCGAACUAGAAGAAGUUAUGGAAAGUGCCGUGGAGCUAGAUCCUAGGUUCACAUUGGAAGUAGAGCUACUGGAACUUGUAGCGGCGCUAGACCCGGGUGAUGCAGCGCUAGAUCCGGGACCCGUGCUCGAAGAACUACUGGGGGUAGCACUAGAAGGAGCGUUGGAACUAGUACUUGGAGAAGUAACCGAAGAGGUGCCCGAGGAAGUUUUCGAUUCCGGAUCCGCGUUGGAGGUGGUGCUGGGAGUAGUGCUUGGAGCAGCGCUGAAGAAAAGACCAUUGACAGUCUGGGUGGUAGAUCCUGGGCUUGUACAAGAUGAUGAAUUGGACAAAGCGGUCGGAAAACUGGACGACGAGGUGGAAGAAAAACUCGAGAAAGCUGUUAUUCCAAGAUCAAUGUGGGAAGAUGUACCUGAUAUUGAUAACGAAGAGGUCAUCAACGGAGAGCUGCCAACUGAAGAAAGGCUACUACUCGACACAAAAGACGAAUAA